AUGCCCGAAUCCGAAGCCAAGAAAGCGGCCAAACCGCCUCUGAAAGUCGAACUUGCACUACCCGUCGUAUACCAGGGACACGGCUCGUACACUGAAAGCUCGAAAGGGGUCCGGGACGUCCAAAUUGUGAUGCCGGGAUCACGGCCUAAGCAAGUCGACGUUCUCCAAGUAGACUCAACGGCUACAUCGCAACCCUUCAUUGAUCCGGCUGUCUUUCAAAAAUGGAGCGACAGAGAUGCUUCAUCCCGGAUCCGAGCGCUAGGUGGCUGUUCCGGAACCUUUUUAGGCCCGGUAACAAAGCAUGUGCCUCUGCCCGCCGCCAUCUGUCAAACUCGAGGCGCUCUAGCAAAUAAAGUUGGGGAAAUAUGGGCACGCGUGCGCUCCGGUAACUGUGGCCGGCAUCUCAAAACCCCAGAAUUCCUCCCCGCGGCUCAAUCUCGACCACUCUGGGAUCCGAUCCGGAAGACUGAUGAACGUCGGAAUUCACGUGGGGCCAAGUCCUCGGAUUUGGAGUUGCAACAGUCCCACGUCCGGUCAGAUCGGUAUUAUCACACAGAGUCCCAACUUCCAAAGUCCCAAUUCUCAAGCACUUCCCGCGAACACCGUCAGCAUAAUGCGGGCUAUCGGCCGGGGAUGCUGCUCGACUGGGCGAGAAGUGUAGUAUCCACCCUCCGGGUCCCUGCCCGGAACCGACCCACCAUGCCCACUCCAGCUGGGUCAGGUCGUCUCAGAGUUUCUCCCCGCGUCCACUUUCCGCGUGCGGGGUUCCGGGCACUAGAGAGCGUGGCGUUGACCAUCGGCAUGUCGAAAAGGGCAUGGUUCCGAUACCCCUUAUCAAGAAUCUCGGCUCGAUUCUCAUACUCUUUUCAAGCCAUGUCGACGCAGACAAACGGUGACACCCCAGCUGGGGACUACACUGUUCCCUUCUUCCUGGAUGGAGAAAAGGUCAUCGCAAAAAAGACCUUUGACGUUGUAUCACCCGCUACCGGAAAGGUCAUUCACAAGUGCGGCAGCGCAACUGAGGAAGAUGCCUUGGCCGCAGUUGAUUCCGCGGCCAAAGCCUUCAAAAGCUGGAAGAAGACUACGCUCGGCCAACGUCAGGAGAUCUUCCUCAAGGCUGCUGCUAUCAUGGAGUCUCGGAAAGAGGAACUGGCCCGCGUCAUGUCUGAAGAGACGGGUGCUGCUGCAGGCUGGUCAGAGUUCAUCUUGGGUCUGGGCAUCGGCUGCCUCAAAGACGUCGGCGGACGCCUCCUCACCAUCCAGGGCUCUCUCCCAACGACCAAUGACCCGAACGUGAGCGCAAUGGUCCUCAAGGAACCCUACGGGGUCGUCCUCGCUAUUGCCCCUUGGAACGCCCCGUACAUCUUGGGAGCAAGGUCAAUAGCAUUCCCCAUCGCCGCUGGCAACACUGCCAUUCUCAAGGCCUCAGAAUUCUCCCCUCGAACCCUGGUUGAGAUGGUCUCUUGCUUCCACGAAGCCGGCUUGCCCAAGGGUGUUUUGAACGUCAUUGUUCACGAGCCGGCCAACGCUGCUGCAAUUACAUCAUCGCUCAUCGCCCACCCUGAGGUCAAGAAGAUCAACUUCACCGGCAGCACAGGCGUCGGCCGCAUCAUCGCAAAGCUGGCAGGCGAGAACCUGAAGCCAGUACUGUUGGAGCUCGGAGGCAAGGCCCCGGCCAUCGUAUGGGAUGACGCCAACCUCGAGCUGGCCGCAGAUCAGUGCGCAGUUGGCUCUUUCCUUCACGGAGGGCAAAUCUGCAUGAGCACUGAGCGCAUCAUUGUCCACAAGAAGAUUAGCGAGCAGUUCCAGUCGAAGCUGUCGGCCUCGAUCGAGAAGAUCUUCCCGUCGCAAUCCGAUGCGCCUGUGCUCAUCAACGCGGUGGCUGUUGAGAAGAACAAGAAGCUUGUCAAGGAUGCCGUCAGCAAGGGCGCUGCCCUCGUUGCCGGCGACGUUGACGCUGAGCAGACGUCAAAGACAAGACUGCGGCCCAUCGUCAUCAAGAACGUCACAACCGACAUGGACAUCUACAAGACGGAGUCUUUCGGCCCUUCCGUAGCGCUCUUUGAGGUAGAGACCGAGGAGGAGGCGAUCAAGCUCGCCAACGACACAGAGUACGGCCUGACAUCUGCCGUCUUCACAGAGGAUCUGCGGACAGGUCUCCGCUUCGCAAAGGAAAUUGAGUCGGGCGCCGUCCACAUCAACAACAUGACGGUCCACGACGAGCCUGGCCUGCCCCACGGCGGAGUCAAGUCGAGCGGGUUUGGCAGGUUCGGCUCCUCUGGUCUGGACGAGUGGCGUCUAGAUACCUUGACCCUGUCUGAAUGGAAAGAAGGGGCUUAUUUCACGGCUCUAUCUGGUUCCGAUGCAAAUGCUGUGUAUCCAUCAAUGACUUAUUGGUUUCCCUCGCAUCUUACUGCACGAUUGUAUGACAACACUGUUACGAAUAGAACCCACAGUGGUGUUGAUCGUUAUCAGCCAAUGACGAUCAUGGGGAAGCAGUGCCACAAUAUUGGGCAGUUCAAUUCCGCGGUCGAUCAUAGGUGGGAAGCCACGUCGGCAACGACUAGAGCCGCGACAACACAUACGGGAACUUUGGCUUGGCGCAGUACGCCUCCUCCCCGCAAUUGCAAUUCUGGAGUCAGAGUUCGAGGGGAAUUGCUUGCGGCUUCGUUGCCGUGGGUUGGAGAAACGGAGAUUUUGUCCUGCCGAAAAGUUCGCGACAUGUCACAACGAAUACGACAACUGCGCACCUUGAUUCUUAACUCCCCGGGUGAGCGCACGUUUCCAACGCAAGAAGUGAAGCUGAGCAUGUGGGCCGAGUCUCUCCUCGUGGGCUUUGUGUUGAGAUGCGCCGGCAGUCUGAUACCCAAGUGUGUAAAUGGGAGCAAUGAAGACAUACCUAAUAGAAAGGUCAAAAGCGAUAAGACGAUUGGGCUGAACAGCAGUCGCAAGCUCUCUGGACCCUUGCAUCACAAAUUCGAGUCGCAUCUCGAGAAUCUUCAAGGCCGACUGACAUUCCCACUCCCGAUUGUCAGCAAUCCCGCACAAUGCUUCCCGCACGGUCUCUCCGACCAGCCUUCCAGACGAUGGUACGCCGACAAGAAAGCCGCACCACCACCACCACCAUCACCGGCCGCCGUCGCCGAAAUUGACCUCCCCGACCACCGCAAGCUGGGUGUUCAGCAGGAGCUCUUCACCUCUUCCAUCUACAGCCCCGGUUCCCCGAUAUUCCUCCCGAACGGCACGCGAAUCUUCAACCGACUGGUCGAUUUCCUACGACGGCAGUACGUCCACUACGGCUUCGACGAGGUUAUCACGCCAAAUAUCUACAAAAAGUCGCUGUGGGAGGUGUCGGGCCAUUUACAAAACUAUGCCGACGACAUGUACACCGUCACAAGCCGCGCGCGCGCCCCCGAGGAGAAGACGAGCUGCUGCAGCGGUGCUCACGGAGACCAGCCUCGCGAGGGAGCCAGCGGCGAGCAGGCCACCAGGCAAGCCGAGGGCGAGGACGAUGACUACGGCCUCAAGCCCAUGAACUGCCCGGGCCACUGCCUCAUCUUCGCCUCAAAGAACCGCAGCUACCGCGAUCUGCCCAUCCGCUACGCCGACUUCAGCCCGCUGCACCGCAACGAGAUCUCGGGCGCCCUCAGCGGCCUGACGCGCGUGCGCCGCUUCCACCAGGACGACGGCCACGUCUUUUGCCGCCCGAUCCAGAUCCAAGAAGAAGUGUUCAAGACGCUCGACUUCAUGAAGACGGUCUACGGCGCGCUCGGGCUCGAGCAGUUCGACUUUGCCCUCUCGACCAGGCCCGCGGACCACUACAUUGGCACCGACGCCGAGUGGGCGCGGGCCGAGUCGCAGCUGCGCCAGGCGCUGGAGCAGGCCGGGUUGAAGUACACCGUCAAGGAAGGCGACGGCGCCUUUUACGGCCCCAAGAUUGACGUGAUGCUGCACGACUCGCACGGCAAGUCGCACCAGGCCGGCACGAUCCAGCUCGACUUCCAGCUGCCGCAGCGCUUCAACCUCGAGUACCAGGCGCCCGCUCCCGCGCUGGAGGCGCAGGGCCUGCCGCUGGACGGCGCCGACGUGUCGGCGGCGGACCUGGAGACGUACGGACCGGUGCCGCCCGUCAUGAUCCACCGGGCCAUCUUGGGGUCCGUCGAGCGCCUGAUGGCGCUGCUGAUCGAGGAGUACAAGGGCCGGUGGCCGUUCUGGCUGAACCCGCGGCAGUGUGUGAUCCUGACCAUCAACGACACGGAACCCGUCAUGAGCUGGGCGUCCGAGGUCAAGGAUAUCCUGACGGGCCACGACCGCGUGCGGGACCCGGCGAACCCGCGGCAGCCGCGCCCGACGGGCUUCGCGGUCGAGAUCGACGCCAGCGCGCGGUCGCUGGCCAAGAAGCUCAAGGAGGCGAGGGAGAAGCAGCCCGGGUUCAUUUUAGUGGUGGGUAAGGGCGACGUUGCGGCCAAGCAGGUGACUGUCGAGGCGACGGACGGCCCUUCAGAAGGCUCGGGUGCGGGCGUCUCGAAGGGAGCUCGGCAGCAGAUGGAUCCCCUGGCUUUGCUGGAGAAGAUGCAGGAAAAGGUGGCGACGUAUCAGUAG